AUGGACAAUAACUACAACAAGUGCGUUCUUAGUGUGGACAGCAAAGACACUGCCAAUGUGUCACUGACUGACGACAAGACUGGCAGGUUCGACUACUAUCAACGAAAAGAAAUUGACUUCUGUGCUGCUGCCCCCUGUGUGCAUGGGACAUGUACAAGUGAACUGGACCGGUACAGCUGUACCUGCGAUACUGGAUGGGAGGGGACUGAUUGUGAUACAGACAUAGACGAGUGCACUACCGGCACUGACAACUGUGACAUCCAGGCUACAUGUACCAACACUGUGGGGUCCCACAACUGUACCUGCAAUACAGGAUACACUGGAGAUGGAGUUACAUGUUCAGACAUCAAUGAGUGCACUGCUGGUACCAACAACUGCCACACCCAGGCUACAUGUACCAACACUGAUGGGUCCUAUAUCUGUACCUGUGAUACAGGAUACACUGGGGAUGGAGUUACGUGUACAGACAUCAACGAGUGCACUGCCGGUACCGACAACUGCCACACCCAGCUGGCUAUGUGUACCAACACUGACGGGUCCUUCAUCUGUACCUGUAAUACUGGAUACAUGGGGGAUGGAGUUACAUGUUCAGAUGUAGAUGAAUGCUAUACCAAUGCUGACAACUGCCACAUCCACGCAACCUGCUCCAACAUGGAAGGAUCCUUUAACUGUUCGUGUGAUUCAGGAUACCAAGGGAAUGGUACAUGGUGUACAGAACAAAAUGUACCUGGUGUUCCAGUGGUAGGGAUCAUCGUGGGUGUUGUAGCAGGUGUCUUUGCCAUUGGUGCAGUUGGAGCGGUCGUUUUCUACUGCAGGAGGACAAAUAAAAACGUUCCCAAACGAAGAGACGUACCACUGAAGGACAUCACUGAUCAGCCAGUGGCAGGUGGUGCUACAAACGAGUCAUUCGAUCCGGCAAAUUCCAGAGAUACAUCUAUAUCUGGACUAUCAAACCUCACCACAGUCGAAGACGUACAAAAGUUUCUAAUAGACAAUGGCCUGCAGGAGUGUGCGAGGGCUUUUAGGGAGAACGACGUUGAUGGAGAGGCGUUGCGCCAUCUUGAUAACGCGAUGAUGAAGGACCUUGUCCCUAUGGUUGGACCAAGAGCGCGACUUAAAGCAUUGCUACAGAAACUGAACGGUUCAGAAAUACAGAUUUCGUCGGAUUCACCGAUCUCGACCCACAACUUCUGGGAAAUCCCUCGGUCCAGUCUGAGCCUAGGCAGGCGGCUCGGCAGGGGGCAGUUCGGGGAGGUUCGCCUCGGAGAAGUCCGUAACCGACGGGUGACAACCACUGUGGCUGUCAAGACUUUAAGAGACUCUGCAUCUGAUAGUGACAAGAAAGACCUUCUGGGUGAACUGGAGAUCCUGGUGACUGUUGGUCGUCAUGACAACAUCAUCUCCCUGGUUGGAGCGUGCACAAAAGGAGGACCGUUGAUGAUAGUUGUUGAGUACGCCCCUAACGGCUGUCUGAGGGACUGGCUGAAGACCAACUCUAUUGCUAACUCGGAGUACCAAAAUCAGCCUACUCCAGUUAUUGACUUAGAGCAGCUCAUCCAGUUUGGCAUCGAUGUAUCAGCUGGAAUGAGCCACCUUGCAGCCGUGCAGUGUGUCCACCGUGACCUGGCAGCAAGGAACAUCCUACUUGGAAAGAACUUGGUGGCCAAAGUGUCUGAUUUUGGACUGUCCAGGGACAUCUAUGAAAGUGAAGAGUACGUAAAGACUACACAGACCAAGCUCCCGUUGCGGUGGAUGGCCUAUGAGUCACUGUUCUACAACGUGUACACAACUCAGAGUGACGUCUGGUCAUUCGGUGUUCUCCUGUGGGAGAUUAUGUCCAUGGGACAUCUGCCAUACGGGGGGAUGAAGGGUAAACGGAUGAUGGACAUGAUCAAAGAUGGCGGCCGGCUGGAGAAGCCGCUGUACUGCCCAGAUGAACUCUUCGCCUUGAUGGAAGACUGCUGGACGACUCUGCCAGAAGACAGGCCGACCUUUCCUCAACUGAAAACCAACCUGGACAGGAUCAUUCAAGCACACAAGCCGUACGCUUCACUACUUCAUGAAUAAGAAUGAAGUGGAAACGAAGAAACCAUGCUGUGGUCAACAGAUGUAUUUGCUUGGAUGUCAACUUUCACAUCUAGUUUAUGUUCCUUCGAAGUUUGAAUAUUUUAUCUUAUAUAUAA